CGAACGCGGCCUAGGGCGCCGGCUCCAGCUUCCCAGCGACCCUCCCCGGGGCCCUCUCGGCUUGCAGAGACGCCUCUUUCCGACUUCGUCCCAGAGACACCGUCGUCCGGGCUCCAAACCUCCCUCCUGGGGCCAAACCCGAGGGCCCCGUGACCCCUAGAGUUGGGGUCAGCCCGGCCAACCCGCUGGCCGAAGCCCACCGACCGUCGCCAUGACCUGCAGUCUGCAGAAGCUGUUUGCUGUGGAAGAGGAGUUUGAAGAUGAGGAUUUCUUGUCUGCCGUGGAAGAUGCAGAGAACCAGUUUGCUCGCUCACGGCCUGUGAAUACGGGGUGCCUGAGACCUGUCUCUUCCCGGCCACAGGAUGCUGGGCAGGCACAGGCUCCCAGGCAGCUGCUGCCAUGCCCUGCUGCUCCUUCAGAGGCCUUGGGCCUGCCAGCUCUGGGACUCCACCUCCCUACCUCCAGCAUGCCCAGGGCGGUCGGGGGUCCACCUUCCACAGGAACAGCUCCCCUCGGGCCUGUCUUUUCGCCCAGCAUCUGGACUAAGAAUCAGAGAAGAGUGACCCUGACAGAAGUGCUCAAAGAGCCAGCCAGACCCCAGUCCUCAGCCUCCCACCCCCAGCUCACUUUAGAGAGCAAACAGCAGGUGAUUGGUGGCUUUGAGGGGCCUGAACAAGAUGAAUUUGAUGAAGUCCUGGCAAGCAUGGAGCUCGAGGGGCCCAACAUGGAGCUGGAACUUGGAGUUAGCAGAGAGGCCACCUGGCAGCGGGAGGACUCAACACUGGCUAAAAAGGCCCGGGUAGCUGAUCUGAGCAGAUCUUGCCAGAAGGGGCCCAUGCCUGCCACCCACAUAACUGGUGUUGUAUCAGCCCAGGGUGAGCCUCCAGAUCCCGUUGUCCACUGGGAGACGCCACAGCCUCACCUGAGACCUGGUACCACGGGUAGCCUUCCUGUCCCAACUGCUUCAAUGGUUUGUGCUCAGCAACCCCACUGGGAGGUCUCUCCCAGAGGUGCCGCUCUUCGAGCACCCCAGCCUCUCCAUGCUGCUGGCAGGCCUGUUCAUAGCAGCCCUCAAACUCGUUUCCCUGGUCAGCCAUUCCAGUCUGCAAACACCUGCUUAAGUGGCAAACCUCAUUUUCCCAGACCACGAACUCCCAACUCAAGCUGUGCUACUCCCUCAAGGACCAUCUCUGGAUUAUUUCCUCGGGGGCCCUUACAAACCCAAGCUCCAGCAUCUCCUGUCGUGUCUCCUGUCCGUACCCCAAAGGGCCCUCGUCCCUCCCUGGUCCCUCAAGCAGCUCUGCAGACGCCAGUAGUCACCAACCACCUGGUGCGGCUGGUCACUGCUGCCAGCCGGACACCCCAGCAGCCCACCCACCCCAUCACCUGUGCCAAAACGCGCCGCUUUCCUGGCCCAGCAGGGCUCCUGCCUCACCAGCACAGUGGGAAAAAUCUGGACGACAUCAUGGUUUCCACGCCCCAGACUCCAACUCACGGUGCUCUGGCUAAAUUCCAGACAGAGAUUGUUACUAGUUCCCAGGCAUCGGUGGAAGAAGAUUUUGGACGAGGACCCUGGCUGACCAUGAAAUCUGCUCUGGGCCUGGAUGAGAGAGACCCCACCUGUUUCCUCUAUACCUACAGCAUCAUCAUGGUGCUGCGGAAGGCAGCCCUGAAGCAGCUUCCCAGGAAUAAGGUCCCCACCAUGGCGGUGAUGAUCAAGUCCCUGACUCGGAGCACAAUGGACGCCAGUGUGGUUUUCAAGGACCCCACGGGAGAGAUGCAGGGCACGGUGCACAGGUUGCUGCUGGAGACGCGCCAGAAUGAGCUGAAGCCUGGCUCAGUGCUGCUGCUAAAACAGAUUGGAGUGUUUUCUCCUUCACUCCGAAAUCACUACCUCAAUGUGACACCCAACAACCUGGUCCACAUUUACAGUCCAGAUCCUGGGGAUGGGAACUUCCUCAAGCCAUCUCAGCCCUUCCCCAAGGAUCCAGGAAGCUUCCAUGACAGCCUCCAGCACGAGACUGCGAAGCCUGGGAAAGGCCUCAGGACAGCACAGAACCCAGAGGCAGGGGCAUCCCCUGAGAAAGAACUCCCAGAGGCAGAUGACCUGGAUGGACUCCUGAGUGAGCUCCCGGAGGACUUCUUCUGUGGGACCAGCAGUUGGGAGCGUCCCAAGGCCGGGCACCCACCAUGAGCCAGCAGCCUCUCAGCACCCAGGCAAGGCUCUGGUUGUAUCUGAUCAUGUCCCAGAGGGAGAGGAAGACCAGCACAAUUGGAGAACAGACAAAGCUCGGGACUUCUGUGCCCCCACGCUGGACACUUUCCUGGAGAACAUCCUCGUCCCCUGGAUUCUGCACUGCUGUCACCUUGGUCUUCCUUUGGUGUACCAGAACUCUGCCAAGGAUUGGCUCUCCAGCCCUACUACCCUCCAAGCCCUUGGGUGCAUGGUUCCUUCUCCUCCUGCCAACAGGGAAGUGUGUCCCUCCCCCACCUCCGCCUGACUUUAGAGGAUGUUGGGCCUGGGCCCUUUACUCCCUAGUCCCCAGACAGCUGAGGUGCCAGGAGGCACCACACCAUAGCAGUGGCGACCUGUCCUUCAGGACAAGGCAGAAACACACUCAGACUUCCCUCUGCUUUGUCUCUUGAAGCUGGUAGCUGCCCAGGUCACCUGGGCCCAGGGCUCCCAGGUGCGGGGGCAGGGGUGUGGCUGCAGCGCCUUAUUCUGAAAUAAAGCAGCCGCCUGCUUCA